CAAAUCCAUACUCAUAAAAAUAGCUAAAGGGUUUUAGACUUUUAGUUUACAGAAGAAUGGUACUUGGAAACUCCUCCAACCACAAAUCUCAUCAUCACGGGGACUCGAUGAAGGAGUACCGAGUCUCCUAUGCAGCUGAAGAACCGAUGCAGUUUUUCAAACAUGCGGAUUUGAGGAGGAAGAAGAGUGAAAAGAUGGGUAAGAGAGAGGUCACAGAAGAAAAGGAGGAUGUUGACAAGGAAGCAGAAGAGUUCAUCAAGUUUGAGCAUCGCAAGUUCUGUAAGUGGAUGACUUAGACUUGAGCGUCAAGUCCUCUGACGAUGAGCAAGCAACAAUAAGAAACAAUAAGGACAUACCAUAUUAUAUAUUGUACCCUAUUUUAUAUGUAUUGUACUAAUAAUGACAUAUAUAUUGUGCUAGUCUUUUUUCUUUUUUUGGGUGCAACCAUCUUCUGGUUAUUAUUUUGGUUUUUGUAACAAAAAGGAUUAAUGUUGCCUUUCUCUAAAAGGUGCUUAUAAAUAAACAGAUAAAAACUAUAACUGGC